UGACAUGCACACAAAGAAUUUUAAUUUGUCGAACAAGUCGGAAUGCCCGUGAUUCCAAUUUUGUUGACCGCAAGAUUCACGAGAUAGGCAACGAUUAAAAAUGCGAUAAACGAAUGCUUUUAAUCUAGCAGUGAAAAUGUGCUCAUUAGGACGUAAAACUGCACCAACCGGCCCGGAAUGUGACUGGGAUUAACAAGAAAUGUUCUGCCUUGUUUUUGUUUGGUUUGCUCAAGGGGACAUUACUGAUGCUGGCAAAACAGCAAUCACAAACAAAAGCGGAAAAAACAAAUUGGCAAGAUACUGCCACAGGAGGUUUUCGUGCUUGAAUUGUUCAUUCAUGAAAAACAGAUUUUUUGCUCAUAAAACGCUUUGAGUGCAUUGGACAGUUAAGGAAAAAAAGUCGCAGAACAUGGCUAUCUACGCUGUUUUUCUCAUCGCAGUUUGUUUAUCGACGACCUCUGCUGUUCACAAGCCCUGUGGCGUAGGCCAGUGCAAGCUUGUUCUAGUUGGGCAAAACCCUGCCGUCGCAUUUCAACAGCUGGCUUCAGAAAAGGGCGUAAGGCUUGUCUACUUCAAUUUACAAAUCGGUAACAACAGCAUCCAUCCGCUGGAGUCAAGUGAAAGGUUUUUGGCCAAAACGUGGGUUUGGGCGAAGACAAUACGAGAGCCAAUGCUGCUCAUGACGGACGACGCACACGAUAUUCAUUCACUGGGUCUUUUAAGACGAAAAAAAAGGUACAUGACGGUGCAACUGGCGGAACAACCAGCUGGAUGUCUCGCUAAUUGGAACGUAUCUUGCCAGGACAAUGUCGUCGGGAAGACGUUGUUGAGUAAUGUCACGAACGUAAGCCAUGGUAACCGCUUGCCACCAACUGACUGUGUGUGUACAUUUCAUACGAAAAAAAUGUAUAGAGAAGGAUGGGAAACCGUGUGCUGCAGCGUGAAGGAAAUUACAGAAAAAAAUAGUACGGUCUAUCGUUGCGGGAUUGCUCCAGAAAAUGACUGGUUCGUCAAGCCGUUUCACAUCAUAUCUUUUUUCCUCCGAUAUAUUCUGGUGCUUUACGGCCCAGCAAUUUUUCUUUUACUGCCGGAUUGGAUUUUUAACCUUCUGCACGAAUGGAGCAAAGAAAAAGAGGAGUCUGAGGGCGCAAGAUACCGAGUUUCACGGCAACAACACAGCGAAAUGACCCAAGCUGAAAAUGAGAAUGAACAAGAAAUAAACUGGGAUAAUCCUGUGUCACCAAACCAACAAGAGAAUAUGCAAAUUGUUGAGACUGAACAAACAAUGGAGUCGGGGGACGAAGCAUGGGAAGAAGAAUUAGACAGAAUAUGCGAAGAAAAAUUAUCUGCUGUUCACGAAGCCCAGAAAGAGAUUGACUUUGAACUUCCUAUAGACGACAUGAGUCCUAUCACUUUAUGUACUCUUCUAAGCGAUUUCGUAAAGAAGCUUCCACUAACUCACAUGAACUUCAAUUUCAGAUUAUUACUUUUGUUUUUUGUUUUGUUUCCUGUUGUCGUACAUAUCAAACUUGCAGUGGUCUUCUUUUAUGAGUUAGAAUUUUAUCACGAGGUCUAUCGAAAAUUUAAUUACAGCUGGCCACUUCUAAUCCCUGAGAAUGAGUUCUCAUUUCAAUCCAUCGCAAGUGAGAAUUGGAGGACUAUAGCAGACCAACAAAUUUGUAUUGGAAUUAAUGCCGCCGUUUCCUGUUCAUUGUUUGUGAUUUUGACAUUGGUCAGACCAAAGGACUUGCUUUGUCGAAGAGCACUCGGGUGGUCGAUUUGUAGGGCUUCUAUCGCCGAUUCUGUCUUGAAUUCUGUUUCAUUAGGAGAAGACAUCAUUCACAACUUAACAAUACAACGUCUGCUAGUUUGCGAAUUAGCUUCCUCCGUGCUUGAGAUGUACAUGACUGUAUUAAAGAAAUGCUUGACGAAACUGACUUUACGGCGCAUUCGAGGAACACGACUAAAACGGGCUCUUCGAUCCUGUUGCGUUACUCUUUGCUUUUUUCCUGGGUUUCUUAUUGCUACAGCGCUCGGGAUAGCUUUUCUGCUGAUUUUUCUGAUCAGAUUUGUGCUUCUGUUAUUAUUUACAUCACCAUUUGUCACUUUUUUUAUGUUUGUCGUAAAAAAGGGGAUGGAUGCUUAUACUGACUUAGCAAGAUCGUUCUCCAGACACAUUGCAUUUAAGCCAGUCGUAUUGGUAUUCGUCAUUGCGUCUUGUCUUAUAAUUCUUGGUACGUUUCUAUACUUUUCAGUUCAUAUUGUUGCCAAAUCGGCGGUAGAAGUUAUGAUAAACACAUUUUUGUUUACAAUUAUGGCAGUAGUAUUAAACGUAGAAUUCGUGACUCCUUACGUAGCUUUUAUUCUGGUAGUGGCGAGGAACGUACAUCUAUGUUUUUUAAAUUUACAGAGCAGAUACAAAGAAGUCAAAGACAUGAUCUCAAAGCAUUGGGAAGAAGAGACAACUAAUUUGUUCUGGAUAAAAUGUGGCAAUAACGGCACUAUUCCGAAAGAACUCUUCUGGUUUGUCUGUAGCAAUGAAGAAUUGGUUUUUGAAGGGCAAAUUCUUCCCUUAAGAACGGAAAUCUGCUUCAUGUUGAGAGAUAUGGGUCUAAUUACAUUAUUCUUAGGCUUGUUUUUCUUCGCUGUACUAGUUUUUGAAACUAUGGAGGAAAUAUCAGCAGUGGUUUCCACUUUCUUUGUGUUAAUUAGUGGAGUAAUUCCAUCAUUAAUAUUCACCAAAAAGAAGCAGUUUAGCGGAUGGGAUAAAAUUAAGAUUGACAACAAAAUCAAGGAAGCAGUCCGCGCGUACGUACUCGCGAAAAUGGAAAAAAUACCUUUUCCUUACGAAGUCUCAGAACCACCAACCAGAAGCGGUUCUAGACCUUCAGAUACGGGGGAGGCCCGGUUUCAAACCCUGGAUCCACCACCGCCGACAGUCUGGCUUUCAGCGGUUUAGGCAGAUGUCUUGUUAGUUGCAAUUUAAAAAUUUUCCUUUUAUUUAAUUACGGAAUGUCAAACAAACUAAACAGAAC